AUGACAAGGCACAGGCCACUUAGAGAAAAUGCAGCGGCCCCCGCAAAAACUAAAAAUAAAAAAAGUGCCUGCUCAAGCAACGGAAUGCAAUCCAUAAGCCCUGCGCUGCGCUGCAGCGUCAAUGAGUACCGCGGCAAUCGUCGGAAUCCCACGCCGCUGCUAAUAAGGGACGUGAAGGAAAUAUUAGAGGGGGCGUUCGUAUCUUUCUGGUGCACUGACAUACACCCCGACAACACCUUCACCGGCGCAUCGCAGCUCUCAGCGCAGCACGUCAUGAUAAGUGCGAACUUCACACGCGACAAUUGUGAAAGGGUACCAAGGUGCAGUUGCAACACCUUCGCGCAAAUCUCCAGCACGUUUGACAGUUAA